GCCUACAGAUAUUGCAAAACUCAACUCCCAGCAUGUCCAGACAGCCUUUGGCUGUCUGGGUAUGCUGGAAGUUGUAGUUUUGCAACAGCUAGAUGCACACACUGAUUGGGAAACACUGCAGUAUGGAGGCAGUGAAGGGCAGAUGGGGGAACACCAUUGUGGGAUUACUUCCCGAUUGGUGGUGUCACCCCAGUCUCUCAGGAACUGGUAGAUAAAGGAGAAGAGAGAGAACCUGUCCCAAUUGGAGGUAUGAGGCAGGUGUACAUGGAAAUGCUUCCUCUAGCUCUUACUGAGUUACACUAACUCCCUAAAACUAACUCCUCCCCAUCUAGCCAGACCUGGGUGGAGCAGGGCAGGAGUCCUGAUUGGCUGAAGCAGUCAUGUGAUCCCUUAAGCAUCCUCUUGCACAGGUAAAUCCGUGAAAAUCAUAGGUGGUAAUGAAACUAUUCCUCACUCCAGACCGUACAUGGCUCUGAUAAUAUUUGAGACAGAAUUAGAAGAAAUGAUUUGUGGAGGAAGUUUAAUAAGACCAAGCUGGAUACUGACCGCAGCGCAUUGUCAAAAACUAAGAAGUAGAGUAACCGUCCUCCUCGGAGCGCAUUCAAGAGAAGAAAAUGAAAAAGGGAUUCAGAGGUUUCGGAUUUCCAAAUCUAUUAAACAUCCACAGUAUAACAGCUCAACUUUAAAAAAUGACCUUCGGCUUAUUAAAUUGAGAGGUGUAGCAAAGCUCGGGAAAACCGUUCAACUGCUCCCUUUACCGGAGACAUUCGAUGACGUAGACGCAGGAACAGUAUGUGAAACAGCCGGAUGGGGAUGGACUGAGGAGAAAACUGAAGCUGAUUCUCUGAGGGAAGUGAAUAUCACUAUUCUAAACAGAGAAAAAUGUCAGAAACAUUGGUCACAUAAAGUUGACAUAACUAAGAAUUUAUUAUGCACCAUUGUUGGGCCAAAAGGACAAGAUACCUGCACAGGAGACUCGGGUGGCCCAUUAUUAUGCGAUGGUGUUUUCAGAGGAAUCACUUCUUUUGGGGAAAAUGUGUGUGGACGACCUAAUGAUGCCUCCAUCUUUACCCGCCUGACCAAGGAAUACAUCACAUGGAUAACCAGCACAAUUUCUCAGCACACCUAGAGCUUUACUAGCAGAAAUAUAAUAAUUUGCAUAGAUUAUAUCUCUAUUGAAAUAAAGUUUUACUUCUUAAAACAGAGUGAUAGA